AUUCCCUAACUUCAACUUUGCUACUUGAAAAAUUGUUCGAAAAAUAAGUCUUCUGUGCGAAAUCUUUCGUAUAUUCUCCACCGUUCCUGAGCUGGCAGGAUGUCAGAAGUCUUACAAUACCGAUUAAUAAGGAACAAGGAUAUAAUCUUGAAGGAUUUAGAAGCUGAACAAGUUCUGGACUAUCUGUACCAAGAGGACGUGCUUGAUGAUGAUCAGUACGAGGAAGUUAGUAGCAAGGGACCACGAAAAGAACAAUCAGCAUUGCUCUUGAAAUAUGUGGAAAGAGACAGCUCUGCCAUUCAGAAGAUGAUCGAUCGUUUGCAGAGGUCAUCUCAACGCCAUUUGGCAAAGAUUUUGAACGAACCAUUGUCCAAUGAAGUUGAACUUAGCAGAGGUGUCUCCAAAAUGCUUGAGCAAGACAGUCCUAACUACAGUAUGAGGAAUGUGCCCUGUGGCUACGCUGUUAUAAUAAACAAUGCUGAAUUUGACAACACUGUUGAACCGAAACUUGGCAGUCGCGAAGGCUCAGAAGUAGAUGUUAUAAGAAUGACUGAACUAUUCGAAUGGCUGCAGUUUAAUGUAGCCGUCUACAUAAACAAAACUGCUGACGAAAUCGAGAGCAUUGUUCGAAAAUACGGAGUUGAUAUAGAUCACAACAACUUUGACUGUUUUGUGCUAUUUUUAAUGAGUCAUGGGUUUGAAGAUGGCAUAUUCGGCAGCGAUAACAAGAAAGUAUUCAUGGCAAACAUCAGAAGACAGUUGAUAGCAGAUAAAUGCUAUAGUCUGGCAAACAAGCCUAAGUUAAUUUUUGUCCAGGCAUGCCGAGGGGGUAAAACAGACAAAGGAUUUGUUGUGACCGAUAGUCCCAUAUCCAAAGGAACAACAAAGCCUUCCCAAGAGAUAAGUGGCAAUAGUAACCCAACAAGUGCGUCUAGCAAUUUAAACCAACCCUGGAACCAUAGUCAAUAUCAUAUCCCAGACAUUGAUGUGCAGUAUAUACCACAGGAUGCAGAUAUGUUUAUAACAUAUGCAUCAACUGCUAACCAUGCAGCAUUACGUAACACUACAACAGGGGGAUGGUUCGUGACUCAGUUAUAUGAGGUCUUCCGUGAUAAUGCUGAAAAAGAAGAUUUGCAAAGUAUGAUAACUAAAGUGACUGGACACGUUUCUUCAAUAAAGCAUGUAAUUCGAAAUACCAAAGACUAUGCAAUGCAGUGCCCAGAACAUACAGGAAACCUUAGAAAGAAAUUGUUCUUUAACCCAAAGAAGUCCUAACAAUCUGUGGCCUUUGUGGUUUACCCAAAUUACAUUUAAUUUGCAAGCUAUCAGUGUGAAUGUAACUUUGUAAGAUACAGGUCUUUCAUUUUUAGCCAAUUAUGAUUGAUUAUGUUCGGAAACGGUCACCAUUCCUGUCAGAAAAUUGCUUGUUUUAGGUUUAUAUGUUAACUGUGAAUCUGUGAUGUAAGAGACGCAUUGAAAAACGUGAAAAUAAACUAUGUCGUUAGUCGUUACAAAAUGUUGUUGUGAUAAUUGUACGUGUGAAACAGCGAGUAUUUCUUUUCUUAAUCGCCUCCACCCGGCAUGAGACGAGGAACGUCCGCAAAUGCUGAUCGUGCGUUUUUUCACGCUUGGAGGAACACACAAAGAAGACUUUCUUUUAUUAUUAGUAACUGUAAAGCGUAAUAAACUCGUAGUGAAC